AUGAAUAGAAGCCUUGCGGUGGCAUAUGGUCGCCCAUUACUGCGGGCUAUCAACAGGAACUGGCUCCUUCAAAGAAACUCCUUUGCGAGUGUUGCAGCAGACACAAGACCGUACGAUGUCGUCGUCAUUGGAGGAGGUCAUGCGGGAGCAGAAGCUUGUGCAGGAGCUGCGCGAUCUGGUGCCAGGACUGCAUUGAUUACGCCGAAACUCGAGAAUAUCGGUGUUUGUUCUUGCAAUCCUAGUUUUGGGGGAAUAGGGAAGGGGACUAUGUUGAGGGAGGUGGAUGCGCUAGAUGGUGUUGCGGGGAGGAUUAUUGAUAAGGCGGGGGUGCAAUUUAAGGUGUUGAAUAGGAAGAAAGGUCCUGCGGUUUGGGGUCCUAGAGCGCGAGUCGAUAGGGAUUUAUACAAGAAGCAUAUGCGAGAGGAAUUGGAAGCGUAUCCGAACCUUUCAAUUGUAACGGGCAGUGUGGCCGAUAUCAUUGUUUCGAAGGAGGAGGGCGAGACGCAAAAUGGAAAGAUUACAGGUGUGCGACUGGAAUCGGGAGAAAUCAUACCUACGAAACAAGUGGUCAUCACGACUGGCACAUUUUUGGGCGGUGAAAUCCAUAUCGGCUUGGAAUGUUAUCCUGCAGGGCGCAUGGGCGAAGCGGCAACAUUUGGCUUGAGCAAAUCGUUGAAAGAUGCUGGUUUUACUCUAGGAAGGCUGAAGACGGGGACGCCUCCUCGGCUUGCAAAAGGUUCGAUCGAUUUUAAGAAUCUUGCCGUGCAGCCAGGAGAUCAACCACCGACGCCUUUCAGUUAUCUCAACAAAACUGUUUCUGUCCAGGAGCAACUACUCUGCCAUGCUACGUAUACGAAUGAGGCUUCGCAUGCCGUGGUCCGGGCAAAUUUAGAUAAGUCUAUACACAUUAGAGAGACUGUGAAAGGACCCAGAUACUGCCCGUCGCUCGAAUCCAAAGUCAUACGAUUCUCUGAUAAAGAUAGACACAUUGUAUGGCUAGAACCGGAAGGAUUUAACAGCGACAUCAUCUAUCCCAACGGUAUCUCCAUGACUAUACCAGCGGAGGCUCAGGAGCAACUUUUAAAAACCAUCCCGGGACUAGAAAAUGUCACAAUGACAGCUCCAGGUUAUGGUGUAGAGUACGAUUAUGUUGAUCCUCGAAGUCUAAAAGCAACACUGGAGACAAAGGCAAUUCAAGGUCUUUACUUGGCAGGUCAAAUAAAUGGUACUACAGGUUAUGAGGAAGCAGCUGCGCAAGGUAUCAUAGCGGGCAUCAAUGCUGGACUUGCAUCACAAUCAUUACCACAAUUGGUUUUAUCUCGCAGUGAUGGAUACAUAGGAAUCAUGAUCGAUGAUCUAAUCACUAAGGGUGUUUCGGAACCUUACCGCAUGUUCACGUCUCGCAGCGAAUACCGCAUGAGCGCCCGAGCCGACAAUGCCGAUUUGCGACUUACAGAAAAGGGGAGAUCGGCAGGAGUAGUAGGUGAAAAACGCUGGUCUGCCUUCAAUGAUGAGGUCGCUCAAAUGGAAGGUCUCAAAUUGGCGCUUGGAAAAAGUACAUUUAGUGCUCCGGUUUGGAUCAACGAUGGUUUUAAAGUAUCAAACGAUAGUACCAUGCGAAGUGCCUUUGACGUUCUACGCAUUAGAGACGUAACAAUCAACGAUUUGUCAACCCGUAUCCCAGAAAUUUUAACCUACACCCAACGAAUCAGAGAUAGAGUUGGUAUUGAAGCCGUUUAUGCACCAUAUGUCGCACAACAAAAAGCGGCACAGAGAGUCUUUCAAAAGGAUGAAAUGCUUAAAUUGCCGGUGGAUUUAGAUUAUGAUUCUAUAUACGGGAUUUCCAUGCAUGAGAAAUCGGUGCUGAAGAUGACAAGACCCGAGAGUGUGGGACAGGCAAGAAGAAUUGAGGGUAUGACGCCGAGUGGAUGUUUGAGGUUGUUGGCUUUUGUGAGGGAGAGGUCGAGGGCGGUUCAAAAGGCUAAUAUGUUUGAGGAGGUUACUAGGAAGAAAGGGGAGAGGGGUAUGUUGAUUGAGGGGGAGGGAGGAUUGAUAUGA